AAAAAACGAAGAACUGAAAGAAAGGAAAACAAUCCUGGAAGACCAGUGUAAUGCCCUGAGUUCUCACAAACCAGCUAAAGAAGCAGAAUUGAACCUGCUAAAGAAGAAAUUGGAUAUGGUGGUGGAGUUCUCUGAAAACCGAAAACUGACUGCAGAAGAGAAGCUAGAAGAGACACUGUAUGAAUUGAAUGCAACUAAGAAUGAGCUGUUAGCUGCCGAUAAAUAUCUGAAAGUAACUGAAGAAGAAAUGGAGAAGUACAGACAAGAAGUGGAAGAAAUGCGAGAAGAGCUGCAGGAGUCUAACCUCACCUUCAACCACAAGAUCGCAGUUCAAGAGAGGAAUGCUCUGGCUAACUGGAUGAAGGCUCAGUAUUGGGAAACAAGGAUGAUGCAGCAGAGCAGGGAGAACGCCUACCUGAAAUACAGAUUGCGCAUGAUGAAAGGGGAGAUGCUGCCUGUGGGAUCCAUGAGGCAUGAACUGAAGCCCGGGAGGCCUGAGUUGCAGAAGCUGUGUGGCAAGGUGGAGAUCACGCCGCUCCACACCUUCCCCCUGCACCCCCUUCGGAAGAGCUGA